GUAACAGGGGUCCUCGGAUCCCUCAAAGCUCCUUCCAUUUCACGGAUUCCGUUAUAUAUAUAUGUCACUCGCUAAUGCAAAAUCUUAGUUCACGAGGAAUAAACUACAGACACAUAUAACUACUCUUUAAGAAUGGCGAUUAAUCUUUCACUCACCUCUACGCUACUCCGCGUAGCGAAUUCUGCUCCGUCGCCUCUCUCCCCGAUUGUAAUUCGCGGUGGCCCGAAAGUAGUUCAACCCUGUUCCGGAAAAUUGAGAAGCGGUACUCUGAAAUCUGCCCUUCGCUGUCGUGCAAUAGUCGGACAAGCUGCGGAGGAAAUCAAGGAAGAUGAUGACGUUUCGCUUCAUGAUCCGCCGUCUGCUUCUCCGAAGAACGAGCAGGUUCAGGAGCGAGACUAUACUGGCACGCCUUAUGUUCCUAUCUUCGUGAUGCUUCCUUUGGGACUCAUCAAUAUGGAGUGUGAGUUGGUUGAUCCUGAUAACUUGAUAAACCAACUGAGAAUCCUUAAAUCGAGUAAUGUUGAUGGUGUUAUGGUUGAUUGCUGGUGGGGCAUAGUUGAAGCACAUAACCCUCAGAAGUAUAACUGGUCCGGCUAUAGGAAGCUGUUUCAGAUUGUACGAGAUCUCGAUCUCAAGCUGCAAGUGGUUAUGUCUUUUCAUGAAUGUGGAGGCAAUGUUGGCGAUGAUGUUCAUAUUCCGCUUCCAAAAUGGAUCAUGGAAAUUGGUAGUAAAAAUCCCGAUAUUUUCUUCACGGAUAGAGAGGGAAGACGCAACCAUGAAUGCCUCACUUGGGGAAUUGACAAACAACGGGUUUUGGAAGGUAGAAAUGCUCUUGAGGUUUAUUUUGAUUAUAUGAGAAGCUUCCGAGUAGAGUUCAAUGAGUUCUUUGAGGAUGGAUUUAUCUCUGAAAUUGAAAUAGGGCUUGGAGCAUGUGGGGAGCUGCGGUAUCCAUCUUACCCGGCGAACCAUGGCUGGGAAUAUCCUGGUAUUGGUGAAUUUCAGUGCUAUGAUAAAUACUUGAUGGAGAGUUUAGUAAAGGCAGCAGAGGCAAGGGGACACUUGAUUUGGGGUAGAGCACCUAAUAACGCAGGUUCCUAUAACUCUAAACCACAAGAUACUCGAUUCUUUUGUGAUGGAGGUGAAUACAAUAGUCUCUAUGGUCGGUUCUUUCUAAAAUGGUAUUCUGGAGUCUUGGUUGACCAUGCUGAUCGAGUUUUGGCCAUGGCAAAUAUUGCCUUUGAAGAGACGCCUAUUGCAGUGAAGCUCUCAGGCAUCCACUGGUGGUACAAAACUGCCAGUCAUGCUGCAGAGUUAACUGCGGGUUUCUACAAUCCUGCCAAUCGCGAUGGUUAUGCUACUAUAGCAUCGGUACUGAAAAAGCACGAGGCUACUCUUAAUUUUACAUGUGUUGAGCUAAGAACAUUGGAUCAACACGAAGACUUUCCAGAGGCAUUAGCAGAUCCAGAAGGACUGGUGUGGCAGGUGCUAAAUGCUGCUUGGGAUGCCGACAUACCAGUUGCAAGUGAAAAUGCUCUUCCAUGCUACGACAAAGAAGGCUACAACAAAAUACUUGACAUUGCAAAACCUUUUGGGGACUUAGAUGGAAGACAUUUAUCUGCAUUUACCUACCUUAGGCUAACCCCACAGUUGAUGGAGGAACAAAAUUUCAUGGAGUUCGAGAGAUUUGUCAAAAGAUUGCAUGGGGAAUUUGUUGAAAACGUGCAACCUAAUCAUGAAGAGGAGACGGAAGAGGAAGUAACUGUAGAUUAGUAAGUCACUCGAUUCACAAUCAAAACGAAUAAAGAUGAUCAUAUCAAAAUAUCAGAGCUGUUGAAAGCCAGGAGCAGAAAGCAAGGAAAAUGGUUGUAGCUGAUAUUUUAUUCAAUCUCUUGGAUGUAGUAGGCUGGUGAUAUUAUAACUGUUGUGCAA